AUGAAUAGUAAUUAUCAUGAUCAACUUUGCCAAUUUGAACAAUAAAAACCAAAAUAUUAGCAUUUAUAUUUAGGACUCUAUUAAUCUUAACUUUUUUAAAUUCAUGGUCCAAAAUUAAAAUAAAGUGAAACUCUUAAAUGCAAAUAAAAUUAAGGUGAAUAAUAAAAUAGCUAGGAUCCAAUCUAUUUAGAUAUCUAACAAAAUUAAGAAUAGGAAAUCAAAUCAUAAUCAAAAAUAUUUGAAGAACAAUAAAUUUAAUUAAAAAACAAUACAAUCUUUAAAGUAGAGAAAAAAUACAGAGUUAUUCAAAGAUUUGGAAUGAGUAGAAUAAUACGCAAUAAGUACCAAGAAGAUAUUGAAUCUCUUGAAAAUAAUGACAAUCCUUCUUUAACAUCCAAAGGGUAUAAAGAAUGUUAAAUCUGUUUUUCAUUCAGAUAAGUUCAUUAGUUCUUAUCUUGUUAACAUGAAUUUUGUAGGGAUUGUAUUUCUGAAUAUCUAAAGGAGAAUAUUUUGGCAGGUAAUGCCUUAGUAAUUUUGUGUCCUAAUUUAUUUUGUAAAGAAGAAUUUGGGGAUCUUUAAAUUAAAGAAAUAGUUUCAUAAAAUUUAUAUGAAAAAUAUUAGAGAUUUUACUUUCGAUAAUUAAUAAGUAUAAAUAAAAAUGUUAGAUGGUGUCCUAGAAUUGUAAAAUAUUUAAAUAUAAUAUGUAGGAUUGUGAAAAUUAUGUUAUAUGGUAAGGUGUGGAUUUACUGACAUGUGUUUGUGGUCAGCAAAUUUGUUUUAAAUGUGGUAAUCAAUACCAUUAAGAUAUAUCUUGUGAAUAAGCUAUGGAUACCUAGUAUCUUCAAGCAAGGAAAGAACUCUAAAUUAAUAAUUGUCCUAAUUGUUCAGCUCCAAUUGAGAAAGAAGGAGGUUGUAAUCAUAUGAUAUGUUAUAAAUGUAAAUAUGAGUUUUGUUGGAUAUGUAGAGGCAAGUAUUCCUCAGCUCAUUAUACUAUAUUGAAUAUCUUUGGAUGUGCUAGUAUUUUAUAAUUAUUAGUUUAUUUCUAUAGUUCCAGGAGGAUAAGUGAUGAGGAUCAAACCCUUAAAAAAUCCUAUUUUAAUUAGAAUUAUGAUUGCUAUUGCAAAACUUUUAUUUGCCUUAGUGUUUACAGGUGGACUGCUCUUUUCGCUGCCAUUUAUACUUCUCUUCCAUAUUUUGUAAGCACCUUAUAAAAUAGUACAAGAAAAAUCAAAUUUCAGAAUUUAGAACUAUUCAAAAUUUGCUUAAUUUGGAUUCUUUUAACUGUUUCUCUUCAUUGGAAUUAUACUAUCUCCAAUUACAAUCAUCUGCACUAUUUUAAUUAGUCCUGUACUUUUGAUAAAUUAUAUUAUUGAAAGUUUUUGA